CUUGGGGUGGCGCUUUUGUGACAUCGAAUCUGUGGCGGUGUGACGUCUGUGUUAGGUGUGCGCAUCUAGCCUGCGUGGUGGGUGUAGAAGAGCGUGAUAUAGGUGGGUUAGGGAGAGGAAAGAGAAAUGGUGACUUAGGACAUGACGAGCUUGGUUGUGUGUUGGAAAGCUUUGGGUGGUGAUGGUCGAGGGCUGUUGAGCUUGGCUGAGGUGGCCGCUCCGUUUAGGGGAAUGAAGAGAGUGGGAACCGUUUGGAAGGCUCUGUUGGUGUUGGAAAGAUUAUUCUAGCUAAUGAUAAUGUCAGCACCAAAAACAUUCGAAUGUACCUGAAACUUGUUGCGGGUGUGGAUUUACUUCCAUUAUUUGUAUGUAGGAUUUUGUGUUUGUUCAGGAGGAUGUUGAAUCUUGCUGCUCUUCCUUGGCAGGUGUUUAUUUACAUCAGCUGUCUAGUUAUUAACGAGGACAUAGGUAAAGAUUGUGAGACCCACAAGAGUUCUCUACUUGCGUAGCUUUAGAGGUUUGAAAAUAUAGAAUAAUGGGCGACAAUAGUCCAAGGACGGAUACAUCGACUGACAUCGAAGGCGAUGCUAAGUUCGAAGAUGGACACCACACAAUCACGGGAGGCUCUAAUACUUCUGAUCACGAAGCGGGCAAUAAGAAUGGCGAUUCUAAGGCUCUCAGGCGUCUAGCGCAAAAUCGCGAAGCAGCCCGAAAAAGCAGGCUCCGGAAAAAGGCCUAUGUACAGCAGCUGGAAUCCAGUCGUAUAAAGUUGAAUCAGCUCGAGCUGGAACUCCAAAGAGCUCGACAGCAGGGUUUAUAUUUGGGACCUUCUUCCUACAGCGGCGAUCACAAUGCUCAUUCUGGUGGAGGUUCUGGGGGCACAAACGCAAACCUUUUAGGUCUUUCAAAGCACAUGCUUUCUGAAGGAGCUGCGGCGUUCGAUAUGGAGUACGGAAGGUGGGUUGAAGAGCAGCAUCGGCAGAUGAGUGAGCUCCGUGCUGCUUUGCAAGCGCAAGUCGCUGAUACUGAUCUACGAGUACUUGUGGACAGGGGUAUGAUCCACUAUGACGACAUUUUCCGACUCAAGGCUGUCGCUGCAAAGGUUGACGUGUUCCAUCUUUUCUCCGGCGUGUGGAAGACUCCUGUUGAGCGAUGCUUCAUGUGGAUAGGUGGCUUUCGUCCUUCUGAGUUACUGAAGACAUUAACACCACAAAUAGAGCCUUUGACUAAGCAGCAGUUAUUAAACAUCUGCAAUUUGCAGCAAUCUUCCCUCCAAGCCGAAGAAGCCCUUUCUCAAGGGCUGGAAGCACUUCAGCUGUCACUUUCUGAUACACUCUCUGGUGGUUCACUGGGCUCGUCGUCAAAUGUAUCUAAUUACAUGGAUCAGAUGGCUGGUGCUAUGACUAAACUUGGGACAUACGAAGCUUUUGUGCACCGGGCUGAUAACUUACGACAACAGACGCUACAGCAAAUGCACCGAAUAUUAACCACUCGCCAAGCAGCCCGAGGGCUCCUUGCAAUGGGCGACUACUUUGCUCGUCUUCGUGCUCUGAGCUCUUUGUGGUUGGCUCGGCCUCGUGAAUUAGACUAAUAUUAUUGCACCAGACAGCGAAGAAGUCCUUGACGCACACAUGACAGCCACAGCUGUGAACAAUCCUGAUAAGCUACCCAGAUUUUAUCGCACAUAAUGUCUGCGUGGUUUCAUCUCAGACAAGCUCCAAUGAUGAAGGGUUGUGAGGGUGGACGUGCAUUGCAACAAGGGCCAGGGGUGACAUGUAUUCGGUUGCAUUAUUCUACAUCAGGGCAAUUUAAAGGAAGAAAGAGGAAGGGAGAGCCAUAAGAUGCAUGGGUAGUCCUUAUCUGACUGGUGCAAGCACAUAACAGAUUCCAUCAAAUGAUUGGCUCGCCGUUUGCAUGGAUUCUUUCCAGAAGUCAAGAAUGCCACUUCUGGAUCAUUAUGCCAUCUAUGUAUGCGCUGCAUGUGUUAGGCAGUAUUCUUCUUCCGCAUCUGACUGGCGAUUACUGGCGCACUGAGAUGAUGUUCAUGCUCUUUUAGCUUAGACGCAGUUGCACACAAACAACUCUGCGCUCUUAAGUUCUCUAUGCAUUUGAAACAUGCGUAUGCUGCACACAUUUCUGCAGUCCUGGAAUUGAACUGAAGUUUGAGCCAACCAAAUGCUUUUUGAAAGCAGGCUUGAAGUACUUAGCGGUUUUUAACAGAAGAAUGUACCAACUAACUUCACACCACCACUUAAUUAUAUUGGAUUACGACUUUUUCA